AUGUACGAAAACAAGGAGGAAAACAAGAGCAUGAAACGAGGGGCGGCUGCUGCAGCACUCGACUCAGUGCUGGGCGCGGUCACUGCUUGUGCGGAGAAGAAGGGGAAGAUAACAGAAUUCUUUGGCGACGAGGCAACGUGCGCCAAGGAGGACGCGGAUAACGCGCUUUGCCUAAUGAUCUCGGCGCUGAAACUUCUAGAGCGCAUCGUGGAUGAUCCGGUCUUCCGCUACGCGGUCCAGUGCUUUGCGCACGCGGAACCAAGGUAUGUUCCCCCCAAGAGGGGCUACGUUGGAGGGGCGGGCUUGAAGAAAGUGCGGCAGAAAAUGGAGGCAGCGCUCGCCCCCGUUGCCGCGAGCUGGAAGCGGGACGAUGUCACCGUGUCGUCGGACAUGAUGACCGGCCGUUGUGGCCGCCCGCAGGCCAACAUACUCCUUGUCAACGACUACGGCGCAGUUUUUGAGCGAGCCAUGGACUGCAACAUGGAGUCGAAGACGGGGGGGUACAUCGCCAGCCUUCUCCGCCCCAUCAUUGAUAAGGUGGGGCCGGAGAAUGUGGUGGCGGUCUGCACCGAUGGCGGCAGCAACUAUGCAUCGGCAGCGCAGAAGAUUGCGGGCACAUGGCCGCACAUUGAGCAUGUGCCAUGUGCCACGCAUGUCCUGGACCUGUUAAUGGAAGAUGUGGGCAAAAUGGGAUGGGCGAAGGGGCUUGUGGAGAAAGGAGGGGAGAUGAUUACCUUCGUGCGCAACCACGACUUUACCCAUGCCUAUAUGAAGAAAGUGGGGGGUGGGCUGGCAGCGAUGGUGCUCAGCGAUGAGUGGAAGGUGUGGGCAGCGGGGGACAAGGAUAGGAAGACUGCAACUGAGAAAUUCAGGGCUGCUGUGAUGGAUGAGGAGUGGUGGGGGGUGGCUGAGUUCUUUUCCUCUCUCAUGGCGGUGCCAUUCAAGGCCAUGCGGGCCACGGACUCUUCCGUGAAAGGCAUGAUGGGUAAGCUGUAUGACAUUAUGCUACAGCUUACCGAGGACAUCAAUGACAAGCUCGAUGCUUCAGGCGACUUUUUGACUCGGACAGAGAGGGCAGACAUCACCAAGAUUGUGAAGGACAGGUGGGACAACUCCCUUGCCUGCCCCAUGCAUGUGCUUGGCCGGAUCCUGAAUCCAGCCAACCAGGAGGAGGGAAUUUUUAGGAACGAUGUGGAGUACACGAGGGUGUUCAAGGACUACAUCGAGCGCCACUAUGACCACGUCACCUUCAGGCGCGGCAAGGAUGGUGCCCCUCGCCGCGCCUCCCUUGUGCUGCAGGAGGCAUUGCUGACCUACAUCAACUUGGAGGGCAGUUUUGGCAAGUUGAGCGCCAUAGCUGCAAGGGAGGCAGUGAAGAAAGGGGAGAUGAGCAUGGUGCAGUGGUGGUCGUGGCACAGCACCGAGUACCCUGAGCUUGCCACCCUCGCAUGCCGGAUUCUCACUCAGCCCGUCUCGGCUUCUUCAUGCGAACGUGGCUGGGCGCAGUCGGAAGGCGUCCACACCGCCCGCCGCAACCGCCUCGGGUCCGCCAAGUGUGCGGACCUGGUUUACAUUGCGCACAACUGGAACAUUGUGCGCAAUUGGUACAACAAGGAUGGGGCCAGCACGGUUGUGCCCGGGAACAUCCCGGAUGCCCCUAUCCCCCGCGGCUACAACAUGGACGAGGAGGAGGAGGAUGAACUGCUGGGGGGGGGAGGAGAUGAUGCAGUGCUGGCGGAUGAGUAUGGGGAAGGGGUGGUGGUGGAAAAGCCCCGCAAGGAAAUAGGCUGUGGGUAA